AUGGGUGACGUGCCUUCUGCAUCUACAUCUACACUCUACACUCUUCAAGACUUCGAGCUUUGCGCCAUGGCGGUUGAUCUUGAGACUGUGCAUGUUGAAGCUUUACCAGAGGGGGCCUUUUACAUUUCAGAUUUCGUUACGGAGGAUGAGGAGGAUUGGUUGGUUAACAAGGUCCUCUCAGCACCCCAACCACGCUGGACCCAACUGUCGCAUCGCCGACUGCAGACGUGGCCAUCACCAUUAACGAAUAAUAACACACUUAUCGCAUUUCCAUUACCUUUAUGGCUGGAAUCAAUCAUCAUACCUCGAUUGAAAGAUCUAGGUGUUUUCAAAGAUUCACCUCAUCAAGCACCAAACCAUGUCCUAGUCAACGAAUACAAACCCGGACAGGGAAUCAUGCCACACGAAGAUGGGGCAGCAUACUACCCGCUCGUUGCAACUGUCAGUCUCGGUGCACCAAUUGUUUUUGAUAUUUAUGAGAAGCACGGAAUCGAAGGUCCUGGCACUGGAGCAGCUGAGACGAUUCGAAGGCCGAAGCCCAAGUAUAGGAUCUUACAGGAGAGACGCAGUUUGCUUAUCACAAGGGAUAAAUUGUACACCGAUUUCCUGCAUGGGAUUGCUGAAGUGACGAGAGAUGAAGAUCUAGGUCCGGAUUUUGUUUGUAACUGGAAUUUAUUGCGCGAGAAAGCGGUGUACCGGGGCGGUUGGUACGAGCGGCAGACGAGGAUAAGUCUCACGUAUCGGGACGUGCUUCAUGUUACGAAGAUGGGGAAUGCGAUGAAGUUUCUUGGUGGGAGGUGA